GUGACAUUUUUCAUUUACCUAUAUACAUAUGUCACUGAUCCAAAAUGAACAUUUACGAAAUUACAAAUAUUUUAAUCAUCUACGCUAUAUUUGAUUUGUUUUUCAAUCACUCAAAAGUAAUAUCUUUAACUAUAUUUGAUGAAAAUCAAUUCGCUGAGUAUUACCAAGCUUCCAAUGAACAAUUCAGCUACGAUAAUAAAAUCAGAAAUAGAAAGAGAGAAGCAAAAACUCCUUUUACGUAUGCGUUUAGUAUAACGUACAGGCACAACAUGUCCAAUGCAUAUAUAAAAAGAAGAAAAAGUGAUGUUAUUCUAAAAGGCAAAUCCACGUUAACGGUUAUUGAAGAUGAUGGUAAAAAUUACACAGAAGAUAUGAGCGAAUAUGACGAACUAUACGAAGGCUACAUGGAAAACAAACCUCACGAUUCUUCUAUUAGUGGAUAUAUAGAAGACGGUUAUUUUUUUGGUAGGGUCGUGAUAAACGGUAAAGUUUUUUAUAUAGAUGAAGUAAAACCGCAAGCUUUGCGACGUCGUAUAGUGAUAGACAGACCUAUGGAUGUAUUAAGAAUGUUUAACGAAACAAAUAAUCCCUAUUACGAUGCUGACCUGCUGGCGAAAUUAAAACGAACUUAUCAAGAAAGAAUGAUGGCGCCCAGAUCAAGGUCUUCUGUGGCUUCAAAGCAAAUCUUUCAAGAAUGGAAAAAACGAGGGAUGCUGUGUCCGAUAUUGGCAGUGAUAGACAACUCUUUCGUGCGCGUUAUACAUAAAGGUAACAGGAACGCCGCCAUCUCCCACGUUAUAUUAACUAUGGAAGAAGCCAACGCAAUCUUUAGAGGCACGGAUUUCGAUAACCAAGACGGACCCGACAAUAUCGGUUUCUACGUUAAAAACGUCGAGGUUAUCGAAAGUGGAACUGCUCCGCAUUAUGUCGAGACUUACUCUCGUCGAAAAACCAUACCUGCUGAUCAGUUUCUUUCUAAAUUUUCCAAAUAUGAAGCUCUGAAAAAUUACUGUUUGGGACUUCUUUUUACCGGACAAAUAUUUUCCGACUACGUUCUGGGUUUGGCAUAUGUCGCCUACCAAAAAGAAUUUUUUAGAGUUGGCGGAGUGUGCGAAACAGAGAUUCAAGGUUCGUUUUUUAACGCAAUGGUCGCGUCCGCAAUCACUCCAGACGGAAAACUAGAUCAACUGAAGUUCGAUGUGACCGUUGCUCACGAAAUAGGGCACAGUUUUGGCAGUGAACACGAUGAGAAACAUUUGGUCAAUUGCUAUGGUCACAUUAUGUCACCGGAAAUAUUUGAGACUUACCAAAAUAAAAAGCAAAUUUCGUUUUCUUCGUGCAGCAGAAAAUCCAUGAUUGAAAUCAUGGCCGAGAAAGGCGCGUGCUUCGAACCUGUUACUGAACCGUUUUGUGGAAACACGCUCAUAGAAGAGGGUGAAGAUUGCGAUUGCGGUGUGGAUGUCGAAUGUAUGAGGAAAGAUCCUUGCUGUACAACCAGAAGAAGCAGUGGCCAAAGUUGCGUAGUCAAUAAAAAGAAAUACAGCUGUCACCCGUCCCAAGGAGUUUGCUGCACUAAAAAAUGCACUUACGCCUUUCUAGACAAUGUGGAUUGCAAACAUUUCGAUAUGGAAUGCCCGUGUGAGAAUAAUCAAAAAAGCUGUUACUGUGGAAUAGAAGGUCAGUGUAUCGGCAGUCAAUGCCACAGUCUCGAAUGCGCAAGGCUAAAACUGUACGAAUGCGAUUGUGAAAAGAACAAGCAAAAAUCUUGUCAGAUAUGUUGCAUGGUCAACGAUCAAUGCGUCACAUCCAUGAAAGCUGCCCGCUAUCUACUAAAGCAACAAAAGGACGUAGAGGUACUUAAAAGAGCCAUGAGUUAUUCAAAACCAAAGUCGCUAAAAGGAAGAGUCUACGAGGACUAUUGUUUGACAUUGGAAAAUAAAAAAAAGAAGAAGAAUAAAAAUAAAGACGUAGGCAAAACUUGCCUACGUCUUUAUUUCUUUAAUGAAGCAGUUGGAAAGUAUUGCACGGCCCGAGGUAGUAUAGGAAAGUGCACAAAGUAUUCAGUGUGUAAAAUUAUUGAACAACGUCAACACAUGUUUCCUCUACUGGAGUCACGUGCAGUAUCGGCGAUACCUUCUGGAAUAAUCCCAUUCUUUAACAUUAUCUUCAUUAAAUUUAUAUAUUUAUUUUUAUAGUCUUAUAUUUAAAAAAAAGUAGUGGAAAAUAAAUCAUUCCCACAUGA